AAUAUUAACAUCCAUUAAAAUAGUUACACCAAACACGUUCAGCAUCAAGUAGUUCUAAUUAUUAAUUAUGUAUUUUUAUUUAUCAUAGAAAGAAAUACAGAAACAUGGUGAAAGUUAAAGUGAUCAGUAGAAAUCCAAAUGAAUAUCUUCGAGAAACAAAGCAUGAUUUCCAUAAAGUUCCUCGAAAUUACGACCCAGACUUGCACCAUUUUGAAGCUGCCAGGGAAUACACAAGAGCUUUAAAUGCAGUAAAACUAGAACGUGUUUUUGCUAAACCUUUUGUUGCUAGUUUGGAUGGACAUACUGACGGUCUAUCUUGUUUAGCUAAACAUCCAACCCAAUUGUCUCAGUUGUUGAGUGGAGCGUUUGAUGGAGAGUUGAGACUAUGGGACCUCUCAAGAAGGAAGUGCGUUAGAAACUUUACUGCUCAUGAGGGGGUUGUUAGAGGAAUUACUUUCACCCCAAAUGGUGAAAAUUUUAUCAGUUUGAGUGAUGACAAGACAAUAAAAACAUGGAGUUCUGCAAUACCAGGUGAAGGAGAGGAAGAACAGCCUAUUAAUACUGUUCUUAGUAAAUCAGUUUUAUUUGGAUUGUCACAUCAUAGAAGAGAUCCAAUAUUUGCAACCUGCGGUGAAGUUUGUCAGAUUUGGAAUGAAUCAAGGAAUGAACCAAUCAAAACAUUCCAAUGGGGUGUCGAUUCCCUGUAUGAUAUAGCUUUUAAUCAAGUUGAAACAAGCUUACUUGCUACUUGUGCUAGUGAUAGAAGUGUCAUCUUAUAUGAUAUGAGAGAUGCAGCACCUCUAAGAAAAGUUAUAAUGAAAUUGAAAGUUAAUAAAUUGUGUUUCCAUCCAAUGGAAUCUUACACCUUCACAUGUGCAAGUGAAGACUUCAAUUUGUAUACUUUUGAUACUAGAAGGUUGAAUAAACCUGUGAAUAUACAUCAGGAUCAUGUGGCCGCAGUUACACAUAUUGAUUAUUCUCCAACUGGAAGAGAAUUUGUUACUGGAAGUUAUGAUAAAACAAUCCGAAUUUUCGAAUCUGGCAAAGGUCAUUCUAGAGAUGUUUAUCAUACAAAACGAAUGCAGAGGCUUACUUGUGUUCUAUGGACAUUAGAUGAUAAAUACAUAUUGAGUGGAUCAGAUGAAAUGAACAUAAGAAUUUGGAAAGCUAGGGCGUCAGAGAAAUUGGGACCUUUGAAACCCAGAGAAAGGCAGGCACUACAAUAUGCUGAAACCUUGAAGGAGAAGUUUGGCAGUCAUCCUAAAAUAAGAAGGAUAAAGAGACAUAGACAAGUUCCUAAACAUGUCUAUAAUGCGUUGAAAGAACAUAGAGUUAUCAAAAAUAAAGAUAAGAAGAAGGAGUCGAACAGAAGAACUCAUUCAAAACCUGGGACUAUUCAAUUUGUAUCUGAAAGAGAUAAGCAUGUUAUUCAAGAAGAGAAAUAAAAAUUUUAAAUGAAUUUUAA